GAUCUUCAACCGACUUCCGGUUUCUUCAUUUGGGCUCACCAAGUUGCGAGGAAGCAAUAGCUUACAUCAAUGUUUGUAUGAAGCGGAUUGAAGAGGUCGAAGGAAAGGGCUAGGAGAACCAUUGCCAAAAUUGUCGAGCCGAAAUCUGUGCAAACGAAGGGAUGAGCAUUAAAAACAGAUUGAGUGGACAGUUGUUCAUGACAUCUGUUCUCUGUUUGAACUGAUGUGUCAGUAUCGUUGUUGUGUCAAAUUCUAUCUGUCUGACACAUGUUUCUAUCAAUUGCACCGUGGAAGCUCUGCGAUCUGUGGCUCGUUUAGAGAGCCAACACCCAUCUAGGGUCAUUGCACCAGGUGGCCCGAUCACUGAAGCGCUACUGUAUAAAAGGAUUGCUUUCUCGCAAUAAUAGAAGUUAGCCACAGCUAGAAGUCGAAAUUUGACACACUACUACGCCUCUCAUCAGAGCUGUUCAGGAGAACGAUGAUUUCGAAAGUUCUCGCAUGCAUUCUCGCCCUGUUUGUUUUGCUGUCGUUAAUGUUUGAUCCAGCGGACGCACAGGCGUGGAACGACGGUGACGGGGGCAAAGUUAAAUGGCAAUUUGAUUGCGACUUUCCCGGCAAUGAUAUCGGUAAUCAAAGAGUUCCUGGCGACCAAUGUGGCGGCCUUUGUAUUAAUACAAAUGGGUGCAACCACUUUAGUCACUUUUACGGAGUCUGCUAUUUGAAAAAGGCAUCAAGUAUCCCUCCCCGUAAACAGACAAGCGGUGGUGGAGGCGUAUGUGGAUUCCUAACAGGAAGUAAUGGAAAUUCUGGCAAUCGUAAUGUCAAAGGCACUUUUUGGGCGGAGCAAUCUGAUGCUGGCGGAUGUCAAAUGCCGCAAGGUGAUUACGCGGUAACCGACGCGAUAGCUCUUGGACAAUCGCAAGCACUCGGAAACCUCAAGUGGCGUCAAGGAUUGUGCGGCCAAGUCUUGCGGAUCGACUGCGGAAACGGACCGAUUGAUGCCGUUGUGGCCAGCACUUGCAACCUGAACAGCGAUUCCUGCGGGGUGGACAUGAUCGGCAAGACCUGGCGACGAGCCACUUCGAACAAGUCGCCCGGUAUCGUCGAUUGUAGUGUUUCGUUGACCAACCGAAACCCCUUAAACGGAAAUGAUGCCAUCUGCUACUACCGUCCCAAUUCCGAAACAACGAAUAAUUACUACGCAAUCCUUGGAGUCGUUAACACCGGAGGUAGGAUCAGUUCGUCAGCUGUUGCGGCUGGAGUGACAGGUCGCCGGAAUAACGAUGGUUGGUUCGAAUUCAACGGAUCAGGAAGCCCCAAAUUUCAGAAGAAUGCCGAAGUUGUAUUUCGUUAUGAAGAUGGAUCGUCUUCUUCUUUCCGGCUCAGCAACUGUCGAAAUGGAGGACAAGUACAGAUAUUUCGAUAAACGAAUCUGGUAUGAGAUAUUUCCCUCACUAAUGGAAAUCACACCAGCGGCAGGCUACCAAUUCGAUUCAUUGCUACGUGCGAAAAUUUCUCUGUAAGCCUGAAUGGUUAAAUUCAAUCUCUAAAAGGUUCUAAAUACAAAAUUGGACUCAAAUCUA